GAUCUUCGCUGUUAUCCAUGCCAAUAAAUAAACAAUCAACAGAGAACAUACUGAAGAUCGCAGGUCUUCUUACCUCGGAUGAAGCAAAGGCAUCAUGGGAUAUCCUAAACAUGAACGAUAAAACACAGAGCUCAGGCACAGAGAAUGGUGGGAAAGUAAAAAGCUUCAGCGCUUCCUUCCUGAACUUCUUUGAAUCAGUUUCCACCCUCCUUGUCAAUGACUCUUUCUCUGUUGAGACACCUUUCAUUCAUCUGAAUAGAACUCGGUUAAAAAACAAAAUGACUUUCAAAAGUCUGUUUAACACCUGGAUGGAAAUAUACAUACCAGAGGCCAGAGAAAGUCAAUUUAUUACUACAAUCGUAUUCGCGUCCAUGGAUAACGUGCUCCCUCCAAGAAAUGAAGACAACUCCUCAUAUAUGGUUAUCAAUGGAAAGGUUGUUCUUGCUACGACAAAGGCCAGAAUCAGAAAUAUAUCAAUAACGUCAGAAAUUCUGAAUGACACCCUCGGAAACCCAAAGUGUGUUUUUUGGGAUUUCACACUCUUUGAUGGUCUUGGAGGAUGGAGCGACUCAGGCUGCUCUCUGCUGUCCCACAACAAUGAAACCAUCAGCUGCAGCUGCAACCACCUCACCUCCUUCUCCAUGCUGAUGUCCCCUGAGAUUAUUGAGGACGAAAACAUCAAGGACAUAACAAUAAUUGGAGUCGGCAUAUCCAUGGCUUCUUUGAUCAUAUGUCUUAUCACAGAAGCUCUCACUUGGAAAAAAAUAAGUACCAACACCACCGCCUUCCUGCGUCACAUUUCCAUCAUCAACAUCGCCGUUUCUCUCCUGAUCGCAAACAUCUGGUUCAUUAUCGGAGCGUACUUUACAGAAGAUGGUAAGAAGAAAAACCCUGCGCUGUGUACAGUCGUGACCUUCUUCAUCCACCUCUUCUACCUCGCCAUGUUCUUCUGGAUGUUGGCCUCAGGCCUGCUGCUGCUCUACCGCACCGUCUUCGUCUUCGAGGGCGGAUUGUCCAAGGCGUCCAUGCUGGUUAUUGGAUUUGUUCUGGGGUACGCUGCUCCGCUGGUCAUCGCCGUAACAACCAUGGCAGUGACUGCCCCGUCUCAUAAAUAUGUCAGAGAAGGUAGUGGCUGUUGGCUGAACUGGGAGGACUCCAAAGCUCUGUUGGCUUUUCUGGCUCCUGCACUUGCGAUUGUGGCGAUAAACUUUUUCAUCCUGCUGGUAGUGAUUUAUAAAAUGUUGAGCAGAAGAGGAAUAAGGGAUGUACGUCAAGGCAAAGAGCAGCAUGUUUUGGUGGUGAUUGCCAGGAGUCUGGCUGUGCUCACACCGUUUUUCGGACUGACGUGGAUUUUGGGAAUUGGAACCAUAACUGCCCCCAAAAACAAGGAGGUUAACUUUGCUUUUGUAGUCUUCAAUUCACUGCAGGGCUGCUUCAUUUGGGUGUUUGGAACUCUCCUGGACAAAAGGGUACGAUCAGAAACAAUAAAAUAUCUGAGCUCCCAGGAUAAGUCGGUUACUGGUUGAUGAUGUCACGCUGCUUCAUCAGUCUGCAUGUGCUGCAGGAGUUCCUCUGUGAGAACAUUGUUUAACCAUUUUCAUCACACCUCAUUUUUGGACAUUUCAUUUGGCUUAUUGGAUUCCAAGAUUGUAAGUUGACAGGAAUUCAGCUAAAUGGCCAAUUCAUACCCUGAACAGUUGGUUCCUGUCAGACCUGGGAAAGUCUGACUUUUUCUUUUCUUGUUCUCCACUGAACUACGAUGGGAGCCAUACAUGUGUUUUCACACGUUGUAAUCCAGUAGACUCGGUUUGACUGGGGACCAAAUUUGCCGCAUUUGUUAUACUUUCACCU